AUGAAGUUCACAAAGCCUGUACAAGCGGACGCUAUGGAGGAUCAUCCUGCGACCGCAAUCACCGUCAGCUCGAGUGAAACAGAAGCACAAGCCCAUCAGAAGGCGGUAGAUGACCAAGCUACCCAUCCAGCAUUGCAAACAGUACCACACUCUGACUCCGACAAUGUCGCCGCCGACUUCAAGAACACUACCCACUCCUGGCGCUUCUGGGCCAUCCUCGCCUCCCUCUCCAUAUCAGGCCUGCUCUCCGCCAUCGAAGGCACCAUCAUCACAUCCGCUUUGCCAACUAUCAUCGCCGAUCUGGGCGGUGGUGAGCUCUACCUCUGGAUCGCCAACGCCUUCUUCCUCGCGUCGGUCGCCACACUCCCUCUCUAUGGACAAGCAAGCGACAUUCUUGGCCGGCGCUGGCUGAUGCUCUCUGCCGUGGCUCUCUUCACUCUGGGCAGCGGUCUCAGCGGCGGCGCUUCAAGUAUGAAGAUGCUAAUCGCCGCACGUACUGUCCAGGGUCUGGGCGGCGGCGGCAUCAACAUGCUGAUCGAGCUGAUCGUGACGGACCUAGUACCACUUCGAGAACGUGGGAAAUACAUGCCCGUGGUCCUCAUCGCCAGUCUUCUCGGCGCUGCUUUAGGACCCUUCAUUGGAGGCGUCAUCACGAGCAACACCACCUGGCGCUGGAUUUUCUACCUAAAUGUUCCCAUCGGCGGCGUGGCGCUGGUGCUGCUAUUUUUCUUCCUGCACACCAACUAUCAGAGUGACCAAACGAUGGCACGCCGCUUCGUGCGCAUUGACUUCUCCGGCAACGCCAUCUUCAUCGCGACCAUCACAGCCGUACUGCUAGCGCUGACAUGGGGUGGCACGCUGUACGCCUGGAGCAACUUCCGCGUCAUCUUGCCUCUGGUCCUCGGCUUCCUCGGCCUUUGUCUCUUCGUCGCCUUCGAAUGGACGCCCCGUCUGUGCCCAGAGCCCUCCUUCCCGCAGGUCUUGCUCGCGAAUCGUACGUCAUCCGCUGCGCUCGCGCUGACCCUUAUCCACUCCAUGAUGACGUACUGGAUCUUCUACUUCCUUCCCAUCUACUUCCAAGCCGUACAGAACUCAUCCCCCGAGCGUUCUGGCGUCCAAACCCUGCCCAUUUUCGUGGGAAUACUCCCCUUUGCAAUGGCCGGCGGACUUCUGUUGUCGAAAACAGGGCGGUACAAGCAGAUGCAUUUCGCCGGCUUCGCAUUGCUCGCCGUCGCGUACGGGCUGUUCAGCAUUAUGAAACCAGGGUCUCGUACCGCAACGUGGGUUUGCUUCCAGCUGCUGGCCGCGAUAGGCGCUGGGGGACUUGCUGGCAUUAUACUUCCAGCCAUGCAAGCACCACUGGACGAGAGCCACGUGGCGACUGCGACAGGCGUGUGGAGUUUCGUGCGCGGGUUCGGUGCCAUCUGGGGUGUCACGAUCCCCAGUGCGGUGUUUAAUAACAAGUGUGAUAAGCUGGCCAAGGGAUUGAGCGAUCCGAAAAUCGCAGAGAUGCUGAGUGGGGGCAAGGCGUACCAGUACGCGACGGCGGCGUUCGUGAAGGGAAUUAAAGAUGAGGCCUCGCGUGGGGAGGUGGUGCACCUGUUCACGAAGUCGAUGCAGCUGGUGUGGCUCGUGGGGAUUGCGUUUGCGGGCAUCGGGUUCCUGAUCACGUUUGUGGAGAAGGAGGUGAAGCUGCGUGAUGAGUUGGACACCAAGUACGGCAUGAAGGAGAAUGCUAAGGGGGAGACGGGGCUGGAUAAGGGAGAGGACAUGGAGAUGAAGCCAUACGAGACGACAAAAUCGGCGUGA